ACCCCUCCGUGCGCCCCCGCCGCCCGGCGCUGGGGUUCCGGCGGCAGGCAGGGCCCGGAGCUGCAGUGCCCCCCCAGCAGCCCAGGAGCAUUCUGCCCAGCUCAGCUGAAGCCUCAGGUGUCCCCAGGGGGUGCAGACCUGGCCCCCACCACCCUGAGCUCCUGUUGGAGGACCCAGCUCAGCACCUUCCCCCCAAGAACCCCCCCAAAACCUCCCAGCUCAGGUGCUUGGGCCCAGGGCAGCCUUGCUGAGGCAGAGCAGAUGAACUCUGUGUGCACAGCACCCCAGUCCUGACACUCAGCAUCCUUGGGAGCUGAGCAGGAUCAGUGCCCUGCUGAGAGGAAACCAGAGAGGAGGGAAAUCCCUUUAAUUCACCGACCGCCGCUAUUUGUUUGAAGUUGGAUAAAAAAACCCCCAACUCUGCAAUGCAUUAGGAUUCAGAGACCUCCCUUUGCUUAAGGUAUGGUGUGAAUAUGCGUUGCUUGGCAGCUCGGGUCAACUACAAGACUCUGAUCAUCAUCUGUGCUCUCUUCACCUUGGUGACCUUCCUGCUGUGGAACAGAUGCUCCUCUGACAGAGGUGGCUCCUUCCCCCGCAGCCGAGGAGCAUCCGGAGCCGGUUCCGAGAGCGACCCAGCCCGGCAGCAGAGCGAGGAGGAGGCAUCUCCCCAGGAGCAGCAGAAAGCUCCUCCCGUGGCAGGAGGCUUCAACAAAGCCCCAGGGCUGAAGUACGAGGAGAUUGACUGUCUGAUCAAUGACGAGCACACCAUUAAAGGGAGGAGGGAAGGCAACGAGGUCUUCCUGCCGUUCAGCUGGGUAGAGAAAUACUUUGAGGUUUAUGGGAAAAUUGCUCAGUACGAUGGUUAUGACAGGUUUGAAUUCUCUCAUAGCUACUCCAAAGUAUACACACAGAGAGCACCUUACCACCCCGACGGGGUCUUCAUGUCCUUUGAGGGCUACAACGUGGAGGUUCGAGACAGAGUGAAGUGCAUAAGUGGUGUCGAAGGUGUGCCCUUGUCCACCCAGUGGGGACCUCAAGGCUAUUUCUACCCCAUCCAGAUUGCCCAGUAUGGCUUGAGCCACUACAGCAAAAACCUGACAGAGAGGCCACCCCACAUCGAGGUCUAUGAAACAGCAGAGGAGAAGGACAAAACCAGCAGGGCUGCUGAGUGGAUGGUGCCCAAGGGCUGCUCCCUCUCCACAGUGCCUGACAAAGCCAAGUUCACCAAUGUCAAGCAGUUUGUGGCUCCAGAAAGCACCGAGGGGGUGUCCCUGCAGCUCUCCAACACCCGAGAUUUUAUCAUUUCUUUUGACCUCAAAUUCGUGACAAACGGGAGCAUUUCCGUGGUUCUGGAGACGACAGAGAGGAACCAGCUCUUCACCCUGCACUACGUCUCCAACACCCAACUCAUCGCUCUGAGGGAUCGCGACAUCUACUACGGCAUCGGGCCCAGGACCACCUGGAGCACCCUCACCAGGGACCUGGUCACCGACCUCAGGAAAGGGGUCGGCCUCUCCAACACCAAGGCCGUCAAGCAAACCAAAAUCAUGCCCAAGAAGGUGGUGAAGUUGGUGGCCAAGGGCAGAGGCUUCCUCGACAACGUCACCAUCUCGGCCACCGCCCACAUGGCGGCUUUCUUCGCCGCCAGCAACUGGCUGGUGAGGAACCAGGAUGAGAAGGGAGGUUGGCCCAUCAUGGUGACCAGGAAGCUGGGCGAAGGCUUCAAAUCCUUGGAGCCGGGUUGGUACUCGGCCAUGGCCCAAGGCCAGGCCAUCUCCACGCUGGUCAGAGCCUACCUGCUGACCAAGGAGCAGACCUUCCUCGGCGCCGCCCUGCGCGCCACAGCGCCCUACAAGCUGCCCUCGGAGCAGCGCGGGGUCAAGGCCGUCUUCAUGAACCAGCACGACUGGUAUGAGGAGUACCCCACCUCCCCCAGCUCCUUCGUCCUCAACGGGUUCAUGUACUCCUUGAUCGGGCUCUACGACCUCAAGGAGACGGCCGGGGAGAAGCUGGGGAGGGAGGCACGGCUCCUCUACGAGCGGGGCAUGGAGUCCCUGAAGGCCAUGCUGCCCCUCUACGACACCGGCUCGGGGACCAUCUACGACCUGAGGCACUUCAUGUUGGGCACGGCUCCCAACCUGGCCCGGUGGGACUAUCACACCACCCACAUCAACCAGCUCCAGCUCCUCAGCACCAUCGACGAGUCCCCCAUCUUCAAAGAGUUUGUCAAGAGGUGGAAGAGCUACCUGCGAGGUGGCCGGGCAAAGCACAACUAGAGCUGACAACCAAACCCCUCCCCGGCCAUCUCCCACCUCCAGGUCCAGCUCCAGAGGUCGCAUCCCACUUUAUUUUUUAUUUUUAUUUUUUACAGA